AAUAAUUCAGAUAAUUUAAGGAACAGCGUUCGACACAACAAAGGGUUAAGGUUGUAUUUCACAGGACGACACAGCCCAUAUCGAUCGAGAUUACGAAACGUGUGACGCUCAACUUUUAUCGUCCGUGAGAUCCGCGCGAACCUUUAUCAUAGUAACUUUAUUAUACCUGCGCCUGCGCCGACCAACCUCAUUCUGUGCUCGAACGCCGCGCGCGCCAAAUCGACCUGCCAAGGGAGGCGGGUCGCAUUCGAUUCCAAAUUCAAAUUUUCGUACGCGAUUCGUAGAUUAGUGAUUUGGUAAUCGAUCUUUGUGACGAAUUAAAAACUCAUUUAAAAUUUUUGUGAUUGUGUGUGUGGAAUUUACGAUUUCAAAAUGAACGGAGCGUCUUCAAGCUACAACAUGUCGAUCGUGGAUUCCUACAAAAGUUUCAUGGAGAGGAAUAGUGACCCUCGGACGGAGAACUGGUGGCUGAUGUCAGGCCCAGGCCCGCUGCUAACGCUGCUGGCCUCGUACCUGUACUUCUGCACGUCCGUGGGUCCGCGCUACAUGAGGGAUCGCAAGCCUUACUCACUGAAGAACACCAUCAUCUGGUACAAUGUGUCGCAGAUACUCAUGAGCAUAUUCUUGGUGUAUGAGGGCUUAGUUUCGGGAUGGUGGAGCGACUACAAUUAUUCUUGUCAACCAGUGGAUUAUUCAGAUGACCCUAAAGCGCACCGGAUGGCGGCAGCAGUUUGGUGGUACUUCUUCGCUAAGAUCGUAGAGUUGCUGGACACUGUCUUCUUUGUUCUCCGGAAGAAGAAUAGACAGAUAUCGUUUCUGCAUCUCUACCAUCACACGAUGAUGCCCAUAUGUGCAUGGAUUGGCACAAAAUUCCUACCAGGUGGUCACGGCACUUUGCUUGGUGUGAUAAACUCUUUCAUACACAUCAUCAUGUACACCUACUACCUGAUCUCAGGCCUUGGUCCCCAGUACCAAAAGUACAUUUGGUGGAAGAAGCACCUCACCACCAUGCAAUUGAUCCAGUUUGUGAUAAUCUUCUACCAUAACUUCAGCGUUAUGUUCUGUGAUUGUAAUUAUCCCAAGUUCAUCAACUUCUUGCUGUCUCUCAACGCUGGCUUAUUCCUUUACAUGUUUGGAAAUUUCUACUACAGAAGUUAUGUGAAGGGUGUUUCCAAAAAAGUUGAAGCGCCCAAUCACGCGAUAGCUAAUGGAAAACCUGCAGUUGCAAACGGCACAUCUAUGACCAAUGGCAUUGGUCCUACGAUAGUAGCCAAUGGAAAAGCGAAAGAAUGCUAGCGAAUUGCUCAAUUUAUAUAAUAAUUUGAAUGUGAUACUGAAAUGACAAUGUUAAUAUACAGAAUACUUGUGUUAUAAAAUCCAAGGUGUGUGUGUUUUAUAGAAGACAUUUUAAACACCCAUUCUAGGUGAGCUUCUAGUAUAGUGCUCGCCACGGAUCUUUGUGUUUGUGAAGUUAGCUGCGGAAUGAGUAUGGAUGCGCAGUCGCGCCGUUUGUACCGUUUUUGAUUCAUUGCGCAGUCAUUUGUUGCUAACUUCACAAACACAAUAUCUCGUGGCGGGCACCGUAGAUGGUGCUAUAGAUGGGUGAUAGUCUGGUAUUUUUAAAUAUACAACGCUUAAGUUUUAAUUAUUUUAAGGCUACUCAUACUAUUGUUUAAUUCUAAGAUUUUUUUUACAAGCUUGAGUUUUUCUUUUUCUAUUUAUUUUAUUGUGUGUGUACAGUUUCUUCUGUGUUUUCUUACUUUCCUCUGUUUGAACGACAACAAUUUUUGCAAAGAUAAUUUGUCAUAUAGUGGUUUCAGACUAGCGUUAUAUAUGCGCGUAUAAGCUAGUUUUUGAAAAUGCGUGCUUGCGUUUUCGCUAAACGCGCACCUUGUACGAGCGAUGAAGAACUUCUCUCCUAACUCAUGAUUUCUAUGAGCGCUAACUGCGAGAGACGUCCGAGUUCGAGCAAACACACCUGAAUAAGCCAGCAAACGCGAGUCGGGUCUUAUGAGCGGCGAAAUGUACGCGCGUGUAAGCACGCAUGUCGAAAAGACCGUAUGCGCGUAGAAAAAACGCUAGUCUAAAACCACCCUUGUUAAUUUUACAAGAUUUUUCUUUUUUUAGCCUAUGUAUGAGGACACAAUGUUAUGCCUCUUACUGUGAUUUAUUUUCAUAAAGAAUUGUUUUAUAAAAGUAAACCAAUCCUGGCUAAGUGUAAUGUACAUCCAUUACAUUUCGUGCCCUUUAUUAGUAUACAAACAAAUUAAAGGCCAACUUCUUUUUAAGAUAAUUAAUUUAAUUUAAGAUUGCCCUUCUCCUUGAGCAAAUUAUUACAGACAAUUUACAAUAUUUGGGUAACUUGGUUUUAGAGCCGAUCGCUGGGUCAGCGUGGUGGGUUAAUGCUCCAAUUCUCCUUUCCUUUAAGGCAAGGCCCUGAUAUCCAAUAACGAUGAUAACGGUGAUUUUAGUAAACGUAGAUACGCAGAUUUUAUUUUGCCUGUGAUAUUUGGCUACAAUUUAUUAUAAAUAAAGUUUAAGAUACGUAUUACGUACAAAAUUAGUUCAAUUCUAUUUUAGUACAUCUAUAUUUACUAUAUAUAAUAAGAAAUAUUUGUCUUAAACAUAGUACAAACUUAAAAUUGAUGUCUAAAAUAUACAAAAAUACCUUAACGAAGUUUUGAUUAUAAUACAUAUUAAUUAUUGUUACAAAUAUUUUACAAAUCUAUGCAACUAUUUUUGGUACAAUUACAUGAAAGGAAUUUGAAAUGUUAAAUAAAAUUUUAAUUGAAACUUAAAUGAAAAACUAUUGAAAAUUUGAUUAAUAACUGAAGUUGUAUACCGAAAUUCUACAAGAUUUAUAAUAAUUACGAAUACAAGACGUAUUACAUUUAUUAGAAAUUUUUAUUGACCAUUUUAAAUAUUAUUUAUAAUAGUAAUAUUAUUUUAUAGACUUGAUUGUAAGUUAGAAAUAUGAAAACUAUUUUUCAUUUGGGUUCAAUUAUACGAAUUAUAUUUAAAGAUACCUAGUGUAAAAAUAGUUACUGUAUGGUUUAUAUUUUUUCGUUAUUUAUAAAUACAGGAAUAUACAAAUGUGACAUUUAUAUUUAAAUUGUGCCAAUAAUUAUACUUUUAUUGUAAUUCUGUAUUACCUUUUUUUAUUUUAUCGCAGAAAAUUAGUAAAUUGUUAUAAAAACAAUAUAUUUUUACUAGAAUUAUAUUGUAGGUAUAUGUAACUAUAUGUAUAUUAUAUCAUGUACAUAAUGUUAAUUGCUUAUUAAAGUAUGUCUAUAAUAAUUCUAAGUAUGGCUAUAUAAAUAAGAUAAUGUACAAAUAAUAAUGACCAUUUAUAAUAAUUAAUUAUGACCAAGCCCAAAUGGGCGGUGUUUGGUGAAAUACAAGAUAUUGGGUACAAAAAAUAUCAUUAUAUCAUGUCCGUACUCUGUACCAGACAAUACCUUUAUAAGACUUGUUAUAAACAUAAGGACAAAUAAAAUACGUUUAUAAAUAAAA